GUGAAAAGAUGGAGAGAGACUUCGACCUUGGCAUGGGCAGACCUGGCGGGCUCGGAGGACUUGGUGGUGAACCGAUCAUGCAACAAAUGCCACAGCCAGCGCCUCAUCAUCCAUCCCGUAGUAGUAACGACCACAAUGUGAAGAACCUCAUGAAGCAGGCCGAGGAGAACUCCGGAUAUCUCACAUUGCAAGGUAACCGUCGUAAAGCUGACUUGAAGGAGCUUCAGUUCGUGGAAGAUAUUGGUCAUGGAAGCUGCGGUACGGUCACAAAGUGCAGAUACAAGAGUGUGAUCAUGGCUGUGAAGACGAUGCCUCGGACGUCAAACAGUUAUGAAAUGUCCCGCAUUUUGAUGGAUCUUGACGUCAUCUGUCUCUCUUUCGACUGUCCGUACAUUGUACGUUGCUUCGGAUACUUCAUCACCAACUUCGACGUCCGUGUCUGCAUGGAGUGCAUGGCUACUUGCCUUGACCGUCUGCUUAUCCGCAUCAAGCAGCCAAUUCCAGAGAGAAUUAUUGGAAAGUUGAGUGUGAGCAUCAUUAAAGCUCUGCACUACUUGAAAACCAAGCACCAAAUCAUGCACCGUGAUGUGAAGCCAUCAAACAUUCUCCUCGACUGGAGUGGCGUCAUCAAGCUUUGCGAUUUCGGUAUUGCUGGCAGACUGAUCGAGUCUCGUGCUCAUUCGAAGCAAGCCGGAUGCCCUCUGUACAUGGGUCCUGAGCGCCUCGACCCCAACAACUUUGACUCGUAUGACAUUCGCAGUGACGUGUGGUCUUUUGGUGUUACUUUGGUCGAGCUGGCAACCGGACAGUACCCAUACGCCGGAACCGAAUUCGACAUGAUGUCCAAGAUUCUCAAUGACGAGCCACCGCGCCUGGAUCCGGCCAAAUUCUCUCCGGACUUCUGUCAACUCGUCGAGAGCUGCCUGCAGCGUGAUCCAACGAUGCGUCCCAAUUACGAUAUGCUCCUCCAGCAUCCGUUUGUCGUGCAUCACGAGAAAAUUGAAACCGACGUCGAGGAGUGGUUUGCCGAUGUGAUGGGCGAGUGCGGAUAAUUGUCGAAUUACAAACGUAUUGUUAUUUCCCAAAUCAUUUGUAAAAACUAUCAAUCCCAUUCACUAUCUCUUUCAUAACAUUUCCUGGUCUAGCAUUCAUGGUGCAAAGUUUUUCAAUUUUGCUUUUUUACCUUAUUUACCCUAUUUACCACUUUUACCCUAUUUUCACUUGUUCUCGUUCCCGUUGUCUCUAUCAAAAAUUCCCAACCUCUCUCACCGAAUCCCUGUCUACCAAACUUGAAUGUUCCGGAUGUAUAGUAUCAUUGUAGGCCUAAUUGAUUGUAUAUUUUGAUUAUGAUAUGUCUCAAAGUUAAGCCAUCCACAGCUAGUCUUCUCGUCAGAGAUUACUGUGGACAUUAAAAUUGUGAUUCAAAUUGUUCAACGGAUAUUGUUGUAAUCUUAUAUAUUUAAAUACAGUCUAUGGAC